AUGACCGAAGCUGAGCUAGCCAAAGUACACGGCAAGAGGGUAUCAUACAACGUCACUGUGGUUCCUCUUUCGAUCGCCGGUAAACCACAAAAGCUAGAUGACUCCGAGCAGGAACAGAAGGACACACGAUGGCAUCUAGAGGACUACGUUUACAGUCAUAGACGGCUUACUCAAGAAGUGGGCAUGUUUCUGUUACAGCCGCCGGAAGUGCGCCAGGCAUAUCGUAAUUUCGCUCAAGAUGUCCUCUGGCGACGAAAUGACGAGGCUGAUCUCAACCGGUUGAGAUAUGAGCUUGAUGAACUUGAAUGGAAGGAGGGCCAUAAAUCUGUUGUUUUCGUCCAAGCCGACGCGAUGGACUUCCUCACUGAGAAUGUCGGAACCCCAGGCAGAGCUUCUGCCGAGCAGACGCCUGCGAAGGGACCAAGAACUUCUCCGGGUAACGCUCUACUUCUGAGUAACUUCGCUGCAGCUAGCCUAGCUUAUGGGGCGCGGAAAAGACCACUAUUGCCUAAGCUGAUCGGUGGGGCGACGCUCUUGGGUUGGCUCUCUGUUGGAGUCCUCUGCCGAUCGGUUUGUCUUGCUCAUAAUGCCCUCACACGAAUGGAACUCAAAUUUGCUGAUUCCAUGGUUCACGCAGAAGAUACAACGAAGAGGAUAGAAGAUUACAAUGCUGAGCUCGAGGCUGAGGUUAGUAAGAACGUCGAGAGGAAGCUAGCGAAAGAACGUCGCGCUCGAGCUGAAGAAGUUGCGGCUUGGAACGCGAGAAUCGGCAGUAUUGUGGACAACAUUGAGGAGAGCGGCUUGGCUAUUAUAAAAAGCAGCUCUCAAGGAUCUAUAACGGAGACGUUAACGCCGAAGAGAAUACUCGACAUUUCCGCUGUGACCGCUGAUUUCGCCAAUCGUGCGAUAGGAAAGUUCGAUGAUCAUAUUAAAUCAAAUGAGAGCUCCGUGAAGAGAUUCAGCGAGUUUGCCCUCCGUCGACCGUUUUCUGUGGAGAUGAUUUCCCCGGUUUUGAACGAGAGGAAAUAUUUUAAUCGUCACUUCAAUCGCUCUAAAGCGACCAAGAGUCUGGUUACGGCCACGAUGGUCAUGCCCAAGGCUUUGACGAACGAGUGGAAUCUUACAGAAGCAUGGAUUAGUGGAGGGCUGCAUGAUGACAGGGAGUGGGAAUCGGUUCGUCGUGCUAUGCUGGUAUUAAUAUUCCCACUUGACGAUGUGGAUGAUGGAAUCGAGAUAUUUUCCGAGGACGGAGAGAGUCUGCUUCCGCACAUAGGCGUUGGGGGAAUCCUAGUCUUGGGUUCGGAGCCUCUGUUCGAUGACGGACGUAGCAUAUCUCGAGGAGUUGCCACGUAUGAAGAUCUACAAAAGCUUCAUGAACAACCGAGUGCGAGUCAACAAGCGCUAGAGGAGAAGGAAGUGGUCGAGUCAGCUGCAGCAACUUUCAAGGAGGAAGGAUUGGUCGUAUUGAAGGGAGCCUCAGCCGGACUGAGUCUGGAUGAGGCUGAACACGCCAUUGAGAAAAUAGAAGAAUUCUCUAACCGUGCAUUGGAGCGCUAUAUGUAUUAUUACUAUACGGCUGCGAAGCGAAACAAAACCGAUGAUGAAGUUUUGGGCCAUUUCUAUGACAACCCGAGAGCGCAGAAGAAAUCGAGUCAGCGGUGUCAUCGUGACGAUCCCUUUGCUGGGCUGGAAGGGCGCUUAGUAAACGUUUCUAUGAGCAUCGGUGAUGUCCUAUUUACUGAUUCGAGACUAUUGCACAGACCGACUGUCAACACCCUCUCAACUCCAGUGCCAACAUUGGAACUGUUCUUUGCGAAAUCAGAUGCCGCGUUAGAGCGGAUCACGAUGCUUGGCACAUCAUGGCUAGUCCCCAGAAAGGAGUACCAACGUGCUGUUGCUGAGCAGGAAGAGCUUGAACGUACCACUGAAGAGGUCGAUCCCAUCCCGGACGUCUCUGAUGCUCAGUCAGCGGAGGAUCCCUCAGCGGUAGAUGGAUUCGAAGUUGACGGAUAUGACGCGUACAUUUCACGCCAGGAAGAGGCUCUAGGCCAAGUCUAUGACGCGGCGAAGCAUAUCAUGUCUGAGAAACUUGUUGAAGAACGACAGAAGCACUUCGAGCAUCUCGCAGAGCUCCAGUUGAUGAAGGCCGAACAAACAGGCGAGCAGGAGAGAAUUCGGUUAUCGGAUGAUAGAAUAAAAGCAAUGACAGACUACAUUGAUCAAGUCAUGCGUUCGGAACCUAGCGAUCAUCACAGGUCGGCAUUAUUCUGUUGA